AUGUCGGCGACAUUCUCAACCGACACCAAGACCACGGCGCAGCAGCCGCUCUACCAAAUGCUGCGGCAGCUGGCGUUGAAGAACGUGCUGUACCACUACAACAACCAGGCGGCACACUUCCAUUACGGCCCGCACCACCCGAUGAAGCCGUUCCGGUUGAUGCUCACGGACCACCUUGUUCUCCUGUACAAGUUGCACGAGAAAAUGGACUUGUACGAGCCGCGGGCCGCCACCAAGGACGAGCUCAUGGCGUUCCACUCCGAGGACUACGUGGAGUUCCUCCAGCGCAUCACGCCCGAGCUCGCGGCCAAAAUGGACACGGACAAGUUGGCGCAGUUCAACAUCGGCGACGACUGCCCGAUUUUCGACGGCAUGUACGCGUACUCGCUGGUGUACUCGGGCGCCACGUUGGACGCGUCGCGCAAGCUCAUCAGCGGCAUGAGCGACAUCGCCAUCAACUGGUCCGGCGGGCUCCACCACGCCAAGAAGGCCGAGCCGAGCGGCUUCUGCUACGCCAACGACAUUGUGCUCGCCAUCUUGAACUUGCUCCGCGUGCACGCGCGCGUGAUGUACAUCGACAUCGACUUGCACCACGGCGACGGCGUCCAGGAGGCGUUCAACUUGACCGACCGCGUGAUGACGGUGUCGUUCCACAAGUUCAACGGCGAGUUUUUUCCCGGCACGGGGGCCAUCGACGAGGUGGGCAUCGACAAGGGCUUGGGCUACAGCGUCAACGUGCCGCUCAAGGACGGCAUCGACGACGACUCGUACCUCGCGCUCUACAAGCUGAUAGUGGAGCCCUUGAUCACGAAGUUCCGGCCCACGUGCAUUGUGCAGCAGUGCGGCGCGGACUCCUUGGGCUACGACCGCUUGGGCUGCUUCAACCUCAACAUCCGCGCGCACGGCGAGUGCGUCAAGUUCACCAAGUCGUUCGGCAUCCCGAUGCUCGUGUUGGGCGGCGGGGGGUACACGCCGCGCAACGUGUCGCGGCUCUGGUGCUACGAGACGUCCGUGUUGAACGACGUGACGCUUGAGCCCAAGAUCCCGUCCAGCAUCCCGACCUACGAGUGGUUUGGGCCCGACUACUCGCUCCACCCACCCUUGGACGGUCGGCUCGACAACAAGAAUCUGAAGAAGUACCUUGACUGCGUGCGCCAGCACGUUCUCGAGCAGCUCCGCACGAUCGACGCCGCCCCGCUGGUGCGCAUGGACGAGAUUCCCCCUGACCUCUCGGGACUCACUGAGGAGGAGGAGGAGAUGCUCAAGGAGCUUAAUGAAGACACGGCGCAAGGAAGGGAGAGCGUACGCGCAAAGGAAGAGGCUCGCACAGGCGAGGUCCAUGUCUGA